GCUAAAAAAACAUAAUUUGCAUCCUGCUAACACCAUGUCAGUCCAUCAGAGGAACCGCGUCGGUCCAUCAGAGGAACCGCGUCAGUCCAUCAGAGGAACCGCGUCAGUCCAUCAGGAACCGCCUCGAUCCAUCAGAGGAACCGCGUCGGUCCAUCAGAGGAACCGCGUCGGUCCAUCAGGAACCGCCUCGAUCCAUCAGAGGAACCACGUCGGUCCAUCAGGAACCGCCUCGAUCCAUCAGGAACCGCCUCGGUCCAUCAGAGGAACCGCGUCGAUCCAUCAGGAACCGCGUCGGUCCAUCAGGAGCCGCGUCGGUCCAUCAGGAACCGCGUCGGUCCAUCAGAGGAACCGCGUCGGUCCAUCAGGAACCGCGUCGGUCCAUCAGAGGAACCGCGUCGGUCCAUCAGAGGAACCGCGUCGGUCCAUCAGAGGAACCGCGUCGGUCCAUCAGGAACCGCGUCGAUCCAUCAGGAACCGCGUCGGUCCAUCAGGAACCUCGUCGAUCCAUCAGGAACCUCGUCGAUCCAUCAGGAACCGUGUCGAUCCAUCAGGAACCGUGUCGAUCCAUCAGGAACCUCGUCGAUCCAUCAGGAACCGCGUCGAUCCAUCAGGAACCGCGUCGAUCCAUCAGGAACCGCGUCGGUCCAUCAGAGGAACCGCGUCGGUCCAUCAGGAACCGCGUCGAUCCAUCAGGAACCGCGUCGGUCCAUCAGGAACCUCGUCGAUCCAUCAGGAACCUCGUCGAUCCAUCAGGAACCGUGUCGAUCCAUCAGGAACCGUGUCGAUCCAUCAGGAACCUCGUCGAUCCAUCAGGAACCGCGUCGAUCCAUCAGGAACCGCGUCGAUCCAUCAGGAACCGCGUCGGUCCAUCAGAGGAACCGCGUCGGUCCAUCAGGAACCGCGUCGAUCCAUCAGGAACCGCGUCGGUCCAUCAGAGGAACCGCGUCGGUCCAUCAGGAACCGCGUCGAUCCAUCAGGAACCGCGUCGGUCCGUAAUGUCCUCCUUCAGCAUUACUUUGAAGGAUACGAUUCAGUUCAUUUCACUUCAUGAUAAAACAAAGAAUCACUUUGGCCUCUGGA